CUCAAGGAAAUGAUGGAAUUAAUGGAGGCGAAAGAAUUGAAGGAAGUGAAGGAUUUAAAAGAAUUGGUACUUAAACAAGGGAGUAAUGUUUUGGGAGUUCAAAGUAGAUUAUUAGAAAUUGAAAAGAAUAUGGGAAAGAAGGAUAAUAAGGAUGAACUCGAACUUAAAAUGAUUCAGCUCGAAGAAAAGACAUUGUUGCUUGAGAAGGAAGUUAAGAAUGUAAGUUUAUUAGAGAAAGAUUUUCUGGGGGAGAGGGAUUUCUCUUGA